CUGCUCGAGGAGCUGCAGGACCUUCGCCCUGCCCUUGCACCGCUUGCGCAGUCGCUGGGCUUGGACACCCUGGCUGCGGACGGCGCUGCCCCUCCAGUCGCCGAGAGUGUCAUCCAGCGCUGCCUGGCCGACUCUCAGCCCUGCGCGUCGGUUGCCGAGCGCGCGCGGCUCGAGGAGAGCAUUGGGAAGGCCCGCUCAGCGCUCACCGUCCUGGGGGACGCCGACGAGUCCGAUGCUGCCAAGGCCUUGCAGGCGCGCCUUCUUGCCGAGCAGGCCGCUCUCGAUCGCCUCCGCAAGAAGGCCCCCUCGCCGGAGCUCGAAUGUGCGGCCCUGGAGGGAGCCAAGGCGGCCUAUCUGCAGCAGGCUGCCGCCCGGCGCGCCGAACGCUGGACCUUUCUCGACUCCCUGCGCACUCAGCUUCAGAAGCUCGGCGGGGAGCUGGACAAGCUGGAGGCGAUCCAUGCUGCUGCACACGCCGAUUUUGCGCAGCAGCGCCGCGCUGCCGAGUCGGAGGUCGUGGCGCUCUUGGAUUCCAGGAUUGCGGCGGCACGGUCGGCGGCUGGCGCCUCGGCUGCUGCUCGGCCCUCGGCGCCGAUGGGGGUCGCAGCUCCUGGUGCCGGCGACGCGGCCGUGCCGCGCGGCGCCGCCCCUGCCCCUGCACCUUCGUCUCCCGAGCUUGCCGAGCUCGAGAGCCAGAAGGCACUCCUCGACCAGCAGCUGCAGGCCGCGCGGGACAGGCUCGCUGCAGUUCAGGCCGCGGACGCCAGCGACGCCGACUUCGCCCGCAUCGUGGAGGCGGCCUCCCUCGACGCGUUGCCGAACAUCCAGGUCCCAGCAGGCCCCCAGCUGGAGGAGUGCGGCCGGUGGUACCAGCUCAUCAACCAGUGGUACCAAGCUGGCGCCUGCGUGCCCUUCACAUUCGCGGACAUCACCUCGGCCCAAUGCCCACCAGCGGAGGUACUCAUCACGGCCCAGCUCCUCCUGGGCUCGCAGUGGCCGCUCUGGUUCCCAGGGGACGCCCAGGUCAGCCCGACCACCGUGCUUCCUCGGCAGCUGGUGUGCUUCCUCCACCAGGCCCUGGACAGGCUCAAGUGCAAUUGCGAGAAGCUGGAGGAAAGCCGCGCUGCCGCGGCCACCAGCUACGCCAUGAUCACAGCGAGCCACAAGAAGCGCCGGGCCCAGGUGGCUUCCCGGCUGGUCGUCGCGCUGCUGUUCCUCAUUGCCUGCUGCCGGAUCGGCGAGGCCAGCCAUCCCGGCCCCGCCCUCCUCGACACCUACGGCGAGGAGUGGGACUUCGACGCAGCCGUCGUGGAGCAGUCCACCCAUGGGGACGUCGCGGGCCCGUUCCCAGCGCCUUUGGGCUCCGAUCACGCCGCCGAUGCGGCGCCGGACGGCGGCAGCCCCUGGGGAGAGAUGGAGCCCCAGACCGUCUUCCCACCCCUGGCGCGGCUUUGGAUGCUGAGUGGGAUUUCGAGGCGGCCGUCGCGGAGGCUGCCUCUGUCCCCGCGGCGACCCCCGCGCAUGGUCCCCGGGCUGCCGGCGGGGGGCCGCGCCGCAGGCCCGGAGGGCGACCCCGUGCCCGUCUGCGACGCGCCCGUCACGGCCAGCCAGCUGUCCCUUUGGCGCCAAGCUGAGCACGUGACUGGCCUCGGGCCGCCGACCCCAGCGUCUCGUCGGGGGCCCCCGCCUGCUGCUGCCCUCGACGACGCCGCAUUCUCCCCUGAGGCCGUGACUGUCCGUGCCCAUGCCUUUGCCGGCAGCCACCCAGGGUUCUACUUCGGGCUCGCGCAUGGUGCGCUGGGCUAUCAUCGUGACCAUGGCGGCGCUGUUCCGCCGGCGCCUGUUGCUGCUGAUGCCCGGGCGCCGCCCGCCGCCGAGGUGGCUAUCGGGAGCGUGCACUUGUGGGCCUCCGGCGUGUGGACCAUCGACACGGCCAAUGCCAACUGCUGGGACACGUGCCUGGCCCAGGUCAUCCCGAGAACCUCCGCCGACGCGCUCUUGAUUCAGGAGCACAAGAUCCACUCCGAGCUCAGGCUCGCCGCAGCUGCACGGGCGGCCAAACAGGCCGGGUGGAGAUCGCAUCUCGGCGUUGCGCACUCCACUGCCUGCGAUCGAGCUUCUGGUGGAGUGGGCGUGCUCUGUCGACGCCGCUUCGGCAUGCAUCCGCACGCUGAUUUGGUUUCAGAUGGCAUGCACCAUCGCUUGCAGGCGGCCCAUCUGGGCGCGGUCCUGAAAGGCGGCAUCCACUUGUGCAGCAUCUGGUUGUUCCACAGCCAGGGCAUCUCGGAGUCCAACCUGCACGUCCUUGCCGAGGCGGCCGCGCUGUUGGGCACGCUGUCUGGCCCAUGGGUGAUCGCAGGCGACUGGAACGUCGCGCCGCAGAUGCUCACCGACACUGGAUGGCAGUCCGCCGGUUGGUUCGCCCACGGCGCGUCGAUGGGGAGUAUACCUCAGGGGCCGCUGCUGCCACCUGCCCCCGGCGACUGGGAUUCCAGCCCCAUCGUGGACGCGUCGCAGCUGGAGGCAGCCAUCGACAACUGGUACCGCGCGGCUCGCGGCACGUUCACCCUCUUGACCGGGGUGCCGGCGCCGUGGUUUCGGCCAUACUUCCGGUGGGAACCAGCUGCUGGACGCCCCGCCUCACGGCACGCUGGCGCAUCCUCCAUCGCCGUGGCAUGGCGAGAUUGCUCGGCUCGGGCCCACGAGACCGCUGCCAUCCUCGGGCGGCCGCAGCCCGCUGCCCACGACGAGUUCGUCCUCGCUCGCCACUGGUCCCGGGUGCGGGCUGCAGCGCAACGGGCUGCUCGAGCUCCUGGCGAUUCCCCUGAUGACUUCCACGCCUGGGCGGCCGCCUUCGGCCACGCGCGGAUCACCCGCGGGGUCUCCGCCGCGCGGUCACUGGCUGCCAGGGAGGCGCGGCACGCUCAGCGGAUCGAGGCUGCCGUGGCGGCUGCGCGCCUGGCCGCGUACCAAAGCGCUUGGGCGUCGCCUGGCGGGGCUCGCUCGGCGCGCACCUCGGCGUCUUCUCCAGGGCGCCUGGCCUUCUGGCAUGUCCGGGGCAUUGGCGGCUGGGCCCGCUCGCCAGCUGGCGACCCCCGAUGCGAGGAGGACGUCCCCGAUGCAGACCCCCUGGAGUACGACGACUUUGAUGCCGGCCGCGUCGAGGUCUCGCCGGAGGACGGCCACGCCCUGGCCGCCGCGGCGCCGCUGUCUGAGCAGGCGGCCCUCGACCGCGAAGCUCGUGGCUGGGCUGACCAGUGGGCCGUCGGGGAGGAGUACCUCGAGCCGCGCUUCCCCGCCCACCUGCUCACGGAGCCGCAGCCGCUCACAGCGUGGAGCCUGGACCAGGCCAUCGCGUCCUUCCCCAUCGGGACGGGCCUCGGGGCCGAUCACGUGGCUCCGCGGGCGAUCCUGCGCCUCCCCAGCGCAGCACGCCUCCGGCUGAGCGGCAUCUUACUCGCAGCGGAGCGCCUCGGCUGCUGGACGGCCGCGUGCAACCUGGUGCUGAUCGUGCUGCUGCCCAAACCAGACGGCGGCCUGAGGCCCAUUGGCCUUUUUCCGACGCUCAUCCGCAUUUGGAUGCGCGCGAGAGCCACCGCGGCCCGCGCCUGGGAGGCGGCGCGCGCGCCCCCGUCCGUGUUCGGCUGCGCUGGGCGCGGCGCACAGCGCGCGGCAUGGGUGGCGGCCUUCGCUGCCGAGGCUUCGGCGGCCUCGGCGCGCCACCGCGUCGCCUCCCUGCUCGACCUCGCCACGGCCUUCGAGCGGGUCCCGCGCGACCUCGUGGCUGCAGCCGCCGCGCGGUUGGACUUUGACUUGGCGGUGCUGCGGCUGUCCCCGGCGGCCUACCGGCUGGCGCGGGCCAUCGGCGUUGAGGGCACUUUCUCUUGCCUGCUCGUCGCCGCUCGCGGCAUCACGGCCGGCUCGGGGUUUGCCGCGGUCGAGCUCCAGAUGCUGCUGCACGAGACGAUGUUCAUUGCGACGUUCCGUUGGCCUUUGCUGCAGUUGUUCCUGUACGUGGACGACUUAACCAUCACCGCCUCCGGCUUCUCCGAGGAAGCCCUCGCAGCGGUGUCUCGCGGCGCGGAGUUUUUCGUCGACGCGUUCGAGAGUUGCCUCCGGCUGACGGUCUCGCCGACGAAGUCCUUCGCUGUCGCGUCGAGGCCUCGUCUGGCGGCCCAGUUGUCCCUCAUAUCCAAACGGCGGCUGUUGAUACCGAAGCGCAGCGUGAAGCUGCUGGGGGCGCCAUAUGCUGGCGGCCGCGCGCGGGAAGCGGGCGUCUUGCGGUGCCGCCUGAAGGCGAUGGGUAGCCUUAGCAUGUUGUACGGAGUGGAUAUCGUCGGCGCCUCCAACACGCACCUGCAUAGCGUCCGGGCCGCUGCGCUCAGGGCGGUGCUGCCGCCAGGUGCCAGCUGGAAUGUCGACGUGAGCUUCGCGGAGCUGGAUGCCGGGGGGGCAUGUUUGGAUCCCGCCCACGCUGCGCACGCCACCCCAUGGCGCCAUUGGGGCAUGGCCUAUUGGCAGGCUUGGGCACCCGCGGAGGAGCUUGACGCCGUCUUCAUGCAGGCCCGGGAUCGCUUGACGAACCUUCUGGCGACCAGCCGUUCGCUGUGGUCCGCCGUCGCUGGCCCUGUGGCGGGCGUCAUCGCCACCGCCUGGCGCCUGGGAUGGACGUGCCCCGCGCCGAGACGUUUUGCAAACGACCUCGGCGAGCCCGUCGGCUUCCUCUCCAUGUCCCCCGCAAUGGUGGCGGCCGCGGUGCAGAGAUCGGUUGGCCGUUGGCGCACGCGGCGGGUGGUGUCGACGCUCUCUGCCCUCGUCAGUGGCGAUCCUGACAUGCCUCUGGACCAGGGCGCCGGCGCGGUCACUGUCCUCGUGGGCCGCCCCCUCGCUGCCCUGGUCAAGGGGCGCGGGCGCCCAGGCAGCGCGGUGCCGCAGUGGUCCGCGCCUUGUCGCUCCCAGCUCCUGUCCGCCGCCACAGGGGGGCAAUGGCCGCAGGUGCGCCUGGCCAAGCUGCGGGGCGCUGGAGUCACGGACAAGGCCUGCCAACUCUGCGGGGUUACGGCCGGCACCCUCUUGCAUCGCCGCGUUUGCGUGGCCUCGUUGCCCCCGGACGGGUGGCCAGAGCCGCCGGAGGUGGCCGUUCGCUGGUUCACGGACCCGCCAGACGCGACUCGCACCGAUCUGUGCUGGUACACGGACGGGUCCAUGAAGUUUGGCCUUCUGCGGGAGUUCCGGCGUGCAGGAUGCGCUUUUGUCGUCGUGUCAGAGGCUGGGGACCUCGUGGCAUACGGCUCCGCCGUGCCUCCGCCCUGGAUUCGCACAGCCGCGGCUGCAGAGCUCUGGACUGUCAUGCUUGUGCUGUCCAUCACGCUCACUCCGCCUGUCAUUGGCACCGAUUGCAGGGCGCUCAUCGCGACUGCGGAGGCAAGGUCAGCACAGGCCACCAAGCGAACGCGGAUGCUCGUUCAGAUCUGGUCGCGCGUGGCCACGCUUGUCGACGGCGACAUCUCGACUCUGGUCACGACCGGCAGGCUUACCUGGAUGCCGGCGCAUGGCGCCCUGACCGUGAUCGGCGCGGCACUGAGGUCGGACGGCCACGCGGUCACAGCAGUGGAUUGGAGGGCCAACCGCUUGGCGGACAUAGUUGCCGAAGCUGCAGCUGGCUGUCCGCCGCCGUGCGGCCCGGCUUCGGGGCUUUGUGGUGUCGCCGAGAAACUCGUGGCGCGCGAGUGCGCGGUCCUCGGGGCGGUCACCCACGCCGCGAACAAUCGCGUCCGCGAGCUGGUCGGGCCUGGCGGCGCCCUCCGGCGCGUCACG